AUGGCGUCAUCAGAGGUGGACCAAAAGUAUCUGGGGCGAUUAGCCAGGGCAGUCGAAAAUGACAACACCAUACUCUCAUCAACUCUCUUCAAGAUCUUGGGCCUCUCGCUUAGGCUUUCUGAGAAGCUCGUCGAGGUGAAGAAGCAGCGCAAGCCAGAUGCCACCCUCCACGAAAACAUCAUGCGCAUCCUUUGGCUAGCGCGUGAAGGCCUCAAAAUGCUGCAAGAAUAUGUCAUUCCUUUCGUCAGCAACUGCGUCGAGUUAAAGGUUUUGGCCUAUAAGCUACGCGCCAGCUUCCACCACAUCUUUGUCCUGUUUCGAAACCAGCCUCGCGUAUCCAAUAUGCCGGGCUGGGAUCCCGAUGCUGUGUCCGCUGAACGAGAGAAAGACAUCAUUAGCGCAGACGACUAUGAACAAACAAUGCGACAUACUCUAGAGGGGGGUCCCGUCGGCCCUCCUCCUGGUUUUGAAGCUCCUGUUUCGGCCCUCUCUCUCUCUUUCCUGCUGCCUGCCAAGGACUACCUGCCCACAGCCCACCAGUAUUUCGAAGAAGCUGCGCAAUUGGCUGAUAGACUGCUCUGGGGCUCUCACUCUCUGCGCUUAUCUGUUAAGACGGAAUACGCCGCGUUUCUCUACGAAUGUGUCCAUGACGCCAAUGGCAGCCGCAGUCUGGCGAGAAACACGAUCAAUGAGGUAUAUGAAGCUACUGAAGGCAUGGAUGACGACAUGUUUCGGGAUGCGUGUGAAUUGGUCACCGUUUUGGGCAAGAUGAUGAAGCGUGGCCUUGGAUCUAGCAACACGCUUCACAGCAAAGCCCAAGCGCCACACUCUGUCCAUUCUGCUGAGGCUACUCCUCCCAUCGGCAUGGAAAAUCCAAUAUAG